AUGUACCAGCUGACGCACGUGGGGAAGAGCCCGCUGAUCCACCUCAAGGACACGGAAGUAGAGCAGAUUGCGGCCGCCACCCCCCGGACCAAGAUGGACAUGACGGGCCGAGCCCCGGAUCUCAUCCACCCACUGAGCGGCCCGCGCUGGAUCUUCGUGGCCGAGGAUGUUGGCAGCUUCCAACCUGCUCUAUGCAGCAAGGUCCUUCCAGUUUACAUCACCGGCGAAGGCUGCUCUUUCCACCAGAAGCCCCCCUUCGUCACGGGCCGCGUGUGGCCCGCGAAGAGCGCUGCGGAUGCCAUCAGUCCGCCUGUCCGCUUCCGCCCACCGCCUUCAAGCACCUAUGGGGACCAUUUUGGGCCGCUGGGGCUCCAAGACUUGGCCUCUGUGGCCGUGCCCACAACUGCAGGCCAGCGCUGCCUGGCCCGCGAGGAUGUCUCCAUCGUCUCCCAGCAUUUUGAUCCACGUGCGGCCAGCCACUUCUCACCGGUCAUAAAGGCACUCCGAAGGACCAGGUCACGGCAGUAUCCAUGGGCAGAGUACUGGUUGAAAGAGCUGUCCUUCCGAAGUUGGGUGUGGGCAGCGAAGCAGAAAAUGUCCACGGUGGAGGCCGAGGAGGACCGCGUAGAGGAGGAGCCAGAGGCCUCCAAAGAGGGAAAUGCACCCCAGUCAGAUCAGCCGGCAACAGAAGUGCCAGCUCUUGUACCAGCCGACGAGACAGAUCCUGAGCCACGGCAGUACCCACCAGACGUGGGUGGGAAUGCGGAGGCCUUCCAGCCAAAGGACCUUCGUCAAGGCCUCGUGACUCUCAAGAUUUUGUGGAGCCAAGCGUGGAAAGCCGCAGGCUCCGCUGCAGCCUUUGAAAGCUUGCUGUCGGCGCUGUCGCCGCCGGCCCUCAGCCCAGCGCGGGCCCUGCGGUCUUCGCUGCGGCGAGGCGCCCAGUUUGACUGUACGCUCAGCAGCCCGGCGUGGGCGGAGCUGGACAGGCAGGCUGUGGCCGAGGAUGCCACUCUUCCGAGGUCGAGCUUGCCAAAGAUGGCGCAGCCUCCCAAGAAGGCUGCAGAGCCCUGGCACACCACGCUGAGACCAGGCAUCCACGACGACUCAAGUGUCCACCACCGCCUGCCAUGGAGCCAAGAUUUCGUGUCGCUGCCCCCGAGCCCCUUGGAGAACGACGUCAUCAAGCUGGACCUGGUCUUGCGGACAGAGUUUCACCGCUGCAACUACUUCCUGAAACGACAGGCCGCAACGCGCCAGUGGGGCGAGGAGCUUGCGGCGAGGUUGCAUCGCUCCAGGCCCUGGUGCGAUGAGUGCAAGGGCCCCGUCUGGGAGCCGCUCCCUGCAAAGGUUAUCCGCCUGGACUUGCCAACGCGGCGCCAGGUCAUCGUCUCGGAAAGGCGUGCCGCAAAGCGAAAGACCUGGCAGCAGCUGUUUGAUAUCCGUGCCAAGCGGCCGGGCGCGCAGAAGAUCUCACUGGCUUUCUUCACGCACCGCCUGGAGCCCGAAAAGGCUGCCGGCUUCGUGACGAAGUAUGGAGAUUUGCUGCUCACCGAGAAGGUGCUGCUGGCCCAGAGGCCGGACUUCAGACCCUGGCGGGAGGUGGUCGAGGUGAGCUACAAGCGAGGGAGACACAGAGAAAGCUUCUUGGAGAAGACGACAUGCCCUGUCCGGCGAGAUCUGCUGACCAAGCAGCAAGUCAAGGUGCUGGCCUUGCGCGAGAGCCGCGCAGCCGGCGAAGACCCUGAGGAUGCCUGGCGGAGGUGCCUCCUGAGAAAGCUGCGCCGCUGGCGCAAAGGAACGCUCCAUGAUCGGAGCUGCCUCACGCGCAACAUCCCUCAGGAGUUCUUCCUGCACCGGCUGGAGACGUCGAACGACUUCCUGGCCAAGUUCGGCCGCGCGUUGGUUGCGUCUGGCGAAGACUCUGCCGCAAGUGAGCCAGAGAAGGAUGUUAACGACCCGUGA